AUGUGGCCGCCCCUCUGGCUUCCCGUGCUCACGCAGCUGGUACUGCUGCGGUUCCUGGUGGCCCAGCCCAUGAAGCCCAUCAGGGUCUUUGUGGUUCCCCACAGUCACAUGGAUGUGGUCUGGAUCCACACUGUGCAGGAAAGCCCGUGGGCCUAUACUUCCAAUGUCUACACCUCCGUGGUGCAGGAGCUCAUGCUCCAGAAGCAUCGCCGCUUCAUUGCUGUGGAGCAGGAAUACUUCCGGCUGUGGUGGGAUGGCAUCGCUUCGGACAGGCAGAAACGCCAGGUCCGCCAUCUCCUGGCCACAAGACGCCUGGAGUUUGUCAUCGGGGGCCAGGUCAUGCAUGACGAGGCCGUGACCCACUUUGAUGACCAGAUUCUGCAGCUCACAGAAGGACACGGGUUCUUAUAUGAAACCUUUGGGAUCCGGCCACGGUUCUCCUGGCAAGUCGACCCCUUUGGUGCCUCUGCCACGACCCCCACCCUAUUUGCCCUGGCGGGUUUCUACGCCCACGUCAUCUCCCGGAUCGACUAUGACCUGAAGGGUGCCAUGCAGAAAAACCAAGGCCUACAGUUCGUGUGGCGAGGGUCCCCAUCCCUGGCGGCUAAGCAGGAAAUCUUCACGCACGUCUUGGACCAAUACAGCUACUGCUCGGAAGGCUUUCACUGGGAUGGCUCGACUCUCUCCCCAGAGCCUCCCCCAAAUAGGAAAUUCCCAGAUAUGAUUGAGCCUGUCGAUGAGAACAACAUUAGAUACUAUGUCAAUCUCCUUGUGGACCUUGUAAAGGAGCGGGCCGCCUGGUUCCGGACAUCACAUCUCCUCUGGCCUUGGGGGUGUGACAAGCAAUUCUUCAACGCUUCACAGCAGUUUGCCAACAUGGACAUUCUGCUGGACUACACCAACUCUUACAAAUCCAGGCUGGGCAUCUCUGUGGAGUAUGCCACGCUGGCCAAAUACUUUGGUGCAUUGCAAGCUACCAAUGUCACCUGGCACGUCCGUGAGCACCAAGACUUCCUGCCCUAUUCCUCAGGUCCACAUCAGGCCUGGACCGGCUUCUAUUCAUCUUGCAACCAGCUCAAGGGGCUGGCCAGGCGAGCCAGCGCUCUGUUGUAUGCUGGGGAGUCCAUGUUCACACGCUCUGUGUGGCCAGUCCCCCACCAGCACCUGGACCUGGACUGGGCCCUGAAGCAGCUUCAGCAGCUCCGCUGGGCUGUCUCUGAGGUACAGCACCAUGAUGCCAUCACUGGGACUGAGACCCCCAAGGUGAGAGACAUGUACGUGAAGAAUCUGAGGUCAGGGAUGCAGGGUGUGCACGAACUGAUGGCCUCCAUUUUCCAGGACAGGACCCCGGCAUUCUCAGCCAAUUCUCCGUGUGCAGACCCAGAAGCUGGGGGACACAUUGCUGUGGUCUACAAUCCCCUGGCUUGGACGGUCACCACCUUUGUUACCCUGACUGUGGGCUUCUCCAGGGUCAACGUCACAGAUGAGUUCGGCCAGCCGGUGGCUGCACAGGUUCAGGAAUCGAAGGAGAAGGAAACAGCUUAUGACUUGCAUGUGCUGACCACAAUCCCGGGCCUCAGUUACCGACAGUACAUUAUCAAGCGCGCCCAGGGGACUCAGGGUGCCACACCUGUCAAAACAUCCAAAUUUGUCCGUAGGACAAAGACACAUGCUGGUUCAGGGGGCAGGCACCUAAUUCGUGUGGAGAAUGACUGUUACACUGUGUUCCUGGAUGCUGACACUAACCUCAUGCACAGCAUCUUGGAGAGAGAGAGUAACAGCACAGUGCGGGUGACCCAGGAGUUCAUGGAGUACCAUGUCAACAAUCUUGAGUUUGAGGAACUCAGUUCUAAUUACUACCUAUUUUUACCCAACGGUACUGCUGAACCAGCAUGGGAGGGUGUGAAGUUGGAGAUUGUGGCAGGAAAGCUCAUGACUGAGAUCCGGCAGUUCUUCUACAGGAAGGAGAGAGACCGGAACCACACAUAUGCCAUCUACUCCCGGCUUGCCCACGUGCCAGUCGGCCAUGGUGGGGAGCUGCUCUGCCGUCGCAUCGAGCAGGAGUACCGGGUGGGCCCCUUGGAGCUGAACCGUGAGGCCGUCCUGAGGACCAGCACCAGUCUCCACAACCGGCAAAUCCUCUACUCGGACAGCAACGGUUUCCAGAUGCAGCGGAGAGUCUUCCGGGAACACGCGACCAACAGCAUCGCUCGGAAUUACUACCCCAUGGUUCAGUCUGCCUUCAUCGAGGACAGCCAAAGCAGGCUGGUGCUGCUGUCUGAGCAGGCACAUGGCGUCUCCAGCCAAGGAAAUGGCCAGGUAGAGGUCAUGCUCCAUCGCCAGCUGUGGAACAACUUUGACUGGGCUCUGGAUUAUGACCUUACACUGGACGAUACCUCUGUUGUCCACCCUGUGCUCUGGCUCCUGCUGGGACCCCGGCCGCUCACCGCGGGGCUGCGCCAGAGGAGUGGGCUGGCGCUGCAGCACAGACCCAUAGUGCUGUUAAGAGAACUGAAUGAGACUGCCCAGAAUCACCCAAGCCCCCAGCAACAAGAGCCCGUGACCCUGCCCCCAAGUCUUCACUUGCAGAUCCUCAGCAUCCCAGGCUGGAACUACAGCUCCAACCACAGAAAGCACCUACAGAAUCUCCAGAAAGGCCAUGGAAGGAAGGCCAAGGCAGACCUCCGCCGUGUCCUGCUGCGGCUCCAUCACCUGUAUGAAGUGGGGGAGGACCCAGUCCUGUCUCAGCCCGUGAGUGUCAACCUGGAGGUCGUGCUGCAGGGGCUGGGACCGGUGGUGGAGGUGGAGGAGCGCUCGCUCACAGGGACGUGGGAUGUGAGCACGCUGCACCGCUGGAGCUGGAGGACAAGGGAUGGUCCCCACAGCAGAGGCAGCUCCAGCUCUCACUCGACAUCCCUGCAAGGCACGAAGGUCACCAUUUACCCGAAGGAAAUGCGGACAUUCUUCAUCCACUUCUGUAGCAGUGAGCUCUUGGCUGACUCUGUGAACUCAGGGUGACCCUGAGAGCCCCAGGAGAAGGAAGAGGACCCAGGACAUGGAAAAGCAGCAUGGGAGGAUGAGCGAGGACCCCCCCCCCCCCGAUAAACUAAUG